AUGGAAUAUUUGCAACAGCGUCUUUUGAAUGAUGGAAACUGCAGCAGAACCAUUCCUCUCGAUCUCCUCGUCGAGAUACUCUUUCUACUUCCUCCCAAAUCACUUAUCCGAUUCCAAUCCGUGUCAAAGCUUUGGUUCUCUACCAUCCGCAGCAAAUUUUUCGCAGACUUUUUCCUCACUAGGUCAAAAGCUCGUCCUCAUUUCCUUUUAUCCUUCGUUGGCUAUGGAUCCAAAGAGUGUUUCAUCGUCUCGGCUCCUGAAAAAUCCUCCACAGUCAUGGCCAGAUCCACGAUGCCGAACUUGGAACCAGGCUACUACUUGACCUCUGGACCUGUCAAUGGUUUCGUCUGCUUCGGAGAUGUUUAUGAUCCGAUUACCGUUUAUAAUCCCACCACUAGACAAAUGGUGAAAUUGCCAGACGUUACACCCAACGGAAGAAAAAUGUAUGCACGUCUUGGGUAUGAUCCAGUCGAAGAUCAAUACAAGGUGUUAUGUGUGAUGAUGGAACACGCUAAAAGGAGAGAUAACGAACUGGAGCAUUUGGUUUGCACUGUGAGUUCAUCUCAGAAACAAGAGUGGAGAAAGAUCGAGAACACGACCGAAGAUAGCUAUCACUCUGUAUACGGACAUAUAUGCAUUGAUGGUGCGCUAUACUACGAAGUUGGAAAGUCAAGAAUAGCUAAGUUCAACGUUAGAUCAGAGAAGAUUGAGUUUAUUAAAUUACCCAAGGAGUCGGAAAUAAACUAUUCCACUCUUAUAAAUUACAAGGGAAAACUGGGCGGUGUAGUUUAUUCUUGCACAGAAAAUUUUAUGACAUUGUGGGUUCUCGAGGAUGCGGAGAAACAGGAAUGGUCGAGCAUGAGGUGUGACUUAUCUUCUACGUGGCAUGAUUUACUUGGGGAUUGCGUAAUGUUCAAAGGAGUGAUUCAUACGGGCGAGCUUGUGGUGUUCAAUCCAUUUAUAAGGCAUUGGUUAGAGUCAUCUAAGUCAUUAUAUGUUUGCUAUUAUGAUUUUAAUAAACAGAGUACGAGAAAAGUAGAGAUCCAAAGAAUGGUGGCUGAUGAUGAUUUGAGACGUAUCUAUGGAAUCAGUGAGCUUAUGACGAUGUUAUGUUUUCCAGGUCACAUUGAGAAUAUUAGGUUCUUGUGA